GACAUUUAUUUGUCGGGUUGUUUGAGUUUUCUCAAGUGAUUCUCUCUGUUUUGUAUAUUGGGAUAUGAUUUAGUUAUAUUGGGAUAAGAUUUAGAAAUUGUUUGUAUUGUUAUAUUUUUUUUUUUUUGAAAGAACAUAUUGUUAUAUGAAUAUCAGAAUAUGUGUUAAGUAUAGGAGAUUUUUUUUUUUCUUUCAUGUGAAAUGGUAUUUAAGUACUGUGUUUAACUUUAGGAUAAUUCUAUAUGUUGGUGUUGAUGAAGUGUUUGGUGACAUGGAGAAACUUCUCUCCAAAUAAAAUCUUGUAAUUUAUGUUGUGUUGUUGAUUUUCUAGAGAUAUUUUGUUGUUUUAAUAGGAGAAAAAGAAAAAUAGAGAAUGCUUCAUUGAAUAGUUACCAAUUCAUUUGCAUCUCUUCAGCAUUUUUGUUAGUAUUUGAACAUGUUUAUGUGAAAACUAACACAACGAAUUCUCUUAGAUAGACAUUUAUUUUAUGGGUAAGAUAUAGUGAUGGAUGCAAAAUCUUUGGCAAAGUCGAAAAGAGCUCAUUCUCAGCAGCAUAGUAAGAAACAUCAUCCCAAUCAAAAGUUGAAAUCUCCAUCAACUGAUGCUGUUGGAGCGGCGAACAAACCGUCUCUCAAACAAGUUAGAGAGAAAAACCUUCAGUCUAAGGCUGCAUCUGCACUACCUUCCAAUUGGGAUCGGUACAGUGAAGAGAAUGAUUCUGGUUUAGAAGACCUAUCAAAGAAAAACCCAGAUGUUGUUUUACCAAAAUCCAAAGGCGCAGACUUCCGUAACCUAAUUUUUGAGGCAGAGUCUCAAUCUCAAUCGACUCUUUAUUCGGAUUCCUUCCUGUCUGUUGAUGAUUUUCUUGCUGGUGAAUUUAGAGAAGCAGUUGGGUCUUUGCUUUCAGUCAAGGGAGAGGGCAUCUUGGCAUGGUCUGGAGAUGAUAAUUUUGUUGUGGAGGAUAAAUCAAGGAUGCAACCUGAGGCAUCAUUUAUCUCGAUGAAUCUGCACCGUCUUGAUGAACAACUUACGAAAAUUGACUUAUUGCAGAGACUUUUCAUCGAAACAGAUCUAUUACCAUCAGAACUGCGUGCAACGGAGAUAUCAGAAGCAAGCAGCUCUCGGGAAAGUGACCAAAUUCCUGCAACCAAUGAUCGUUCAGCACUGAAAGAAAUAUCUGAAGAUUUAAUUGAUUCUUUGGCGAAUAUUGCUGAGGUUAAAGCAUCUGCCAGUCUUCAUCCGUCUCUGGGAUUUUGUGAUUCAUCAAAACAGAUUGAUGUUGCCAAGUACAAUCAUCAACCGGAAGUCUCUGAAUUCACACCACGAAACACUGUAAAUUCCCAGGUAGCAGUGGCAGAGGCGGAGCUCGAUAUGCUUCUUGACUCACUAACUAGCGUAGAGAUUCUCGAUUCAACUCGUUUAAGUUCAGCUCACCCCAUAGAAGAAGUAUCUGCAGCCAAGUUUCAACUUCCGAAAAAGAACCUGGAAGAUGACCUAGAUGACCUACUUAAUCAGACGCCCGGUUUGAUGAACCGAAGCAAUAAUUUAUUUGAAUUUAAGGUAGGAAAGAGUGAGAAUUUUAUUCAGUGUAAUGUCUCUCAGUCUCAGGUUGGAACCAAGUCUGAAGCAUUGGAUGACUUUGAUGCUUGGAUGGAUACAAUUUGAUUAUGUUCUAAUUUAAUUUGGUUUUAAGUAACAAAAAUUAUGUUUUAGGAAGGAUGUGUCAUUAUGUAUACAUAUGUUUAUAAUUAAUUUUCAAAAGGUUAUUUUUUACA